AACCAGCGUGAGAUAGAGAGAGAGAGAGAGAGAGAGAGGAGAGCGUGACAGUGGACAUACAGCUACUAGACACUGGACUCAGUCUGCGCUGUGGGGAUUAUUACCUUGACAACCUGCUGUGGACAUAUUUCACUGACGGAGACUACAAGAGAAACAUCCACCGCUCUGACGAUGAUGACGGUCUGCGGUGGGGCCUGGGGUCUGCAGCUCAUAGCUGUGGCUCUGCUCCUUGGUGUGGGGGAAGCGGUGACCAGCAGUGACCCGACCAGCUGGAACUGGAGAACACUGUAUGUCGGCGAGGAAAAACCUGUGGGCGAUCCACUAGACCAAUUUGGCACGCUUAAAAAUGCAAAAUUCAUCAGAGGCAAGCACAUGUUCAAAAUUGCUGGGGAAGGAGCAAACACCAUAUUUACUGUCAACGAUCAAGGAGACAUGUUUCUCAAUCUCAAACUGGAUCGUGAAAAAAAGGCUACCUAUCAUCUGACAGCCAAACUAGUAGACAAACAGUCAAAUGUAGAUGUAGACAAACCCUCAAACUUUUCAAUUCAAGUUCAAGACAUCAAUGACAAUGCCCCUGUAUUCGGUGGGCCAUAUACAGGGUUCAUACAAGAAAUGUCCCCCAAAGGAGCUACAGUUACAGCUACAUCAAACGCUCUGGCAGUAAAGGCUACUGAUGCGGAUGAUACAUCAACAGUCAACGGACUGGUCGAAUAUAAAUUAUUAAAUGGAACAGAUUUCUUCAAAAUUGAUGGAAAUGGUAUCAUAACAACAAACGUGGCCAAUUUGGAUCGCGAGACCACCUCUCAGUAUCAGAUCGUAGUUCAAGCCAAAGACAUGCCUGGGCAAGCGAUUGGAUUCUCAACCACAACUACUGUCACAAUCAAUGUGACAGACAUUAACGAUAACUUAUCGACAUUUAAAAAGACACAAUAUAUCUUCAGUGUGAGAGAGGACAUGAAAGUGGAAUCUGAAAUUGGCACGGUUGAAGUGGAGGACGCAGACGAGGAGAAAAACAAGAACCCCAAGUUCCAAAUCGAGAAUGCGGUGAUCAACGAGUUGCUUGAGAUCAAACAGGACAAACAGAAAAAUGGUGUAUUUUUCCUCAAACAACCCCUGGAUUACGAGACCACGAACCGCUACGCAUUCACCGUCUUCGUGACAGAGGACAUAGUGAAAAACUCACACGUAAACGGUAACAACAAAGCAGAGGUUGUUAUCAAGGUGACGGAUGUGGAUGAGCCGCCGGUCUUCACUAAGCGCGAGUAUAACAUCAGUGUGCCAGAGGAGAAAUUUCCCCAUGAGUUCCCAGAGCCGAUCAAUGCCAAAGAUCCCGACAGAAUCAACCGCCCAAUCAGAUUUUCCAUUGAGGACAUCAGCUGUCCUGUGCAAAUAGACCCUGUGAGUGGGAAACUGUCUCUGAAGGAGAAACUGGACCGAGAACUCACGCGAGAACACCGAUGUCAGGUGACAGCUGAAGAAGACAUCCAAGGCGGAAAGAAAUCCUAUGUGAUGGUCAACUUGGUGGUUAUCGAUAUCAAUGACAAUGCUCCAAAAUUAAACAUCGAAGAGAUUUAUGUCUGUGAAUCUGAUAAGCGAGGGCAAGUCUUGGGGACUCUCACUGCCACGGACAAAGAUGAAACAAAUGGCGUGUUCACUUUCAUGCUGGCCAGACAAAGCUCCAACUUCUCCCUGUUAGACAACAAAAACGGCACGGCCACGCUGACGCUGAAGGAGGGCCGCUUCAACACGGAGGACUCGGGCGAGCACCUGCUGGAGAUCAAGGUGACGGACGGCAAGCAGCAGAGCCUGGAGCGCCUGCGCGUGCUGGUGUGCCAGUGCAACAGCGGGCGCACGCGCGAGUACUGCAAGCCCCACCGCCGCCAGGUCGGCGUCAGCGUCCACGCGCUCAUCACCAUCCUGCUCUGCAUCGUCACCAUCCUCGUCAUCGUAAUCCUGCUGGUACUGCGCCAGCGCUACAGGAAGGACACCCUGGUGACCAUGGGCAAGAUGUCCGGCGAGAUCCACGAGCAGCUGGUCACCUAUGAUGAGGAGGGCGGCGGCGAGAUGGACACCAACGGCUACGACGUGUCCAUCCUCACCUCGGCGCGCCACGACGGCUCGCUGCUCCCGGGCCCCGGCCUCUACGCCAUGGUCAAGAAGCCGCAGGCCUGCAAGGGCGACAUGGCCGCCAUGAUCGAGGUGAAGAAGGACGAGGCGGACCACGACCGCGACGGCAUCCCCUACGACACGCUGCACAUCUACGGCUACGAAGGGCCCGGCUCGCUGGCCGGGAGCCUCAGCUCGCUCGGGUCGUCCUCGUCCGGCGACAGCCUGGACUACGACUUCCUCAACGACUGGGGGCCGCGCUUCCGGACCCUGGCAGAGCUCUACGGAGUGGACUGCUAUCCAGGCGACUGCCCCUACUGAAGAUACACACACGCUCUCGAUGCUCCUGCUGAACUGCUUUUGUACUGCCAUCCCAUUCGAAACAGCCAUCGGAGAUCGGUGGUGGCUUUGGGAUGGGACGUCUCCAGAUAAUCAGCCCUGGGGUUCUACUAGAAGUGAUGGAACAUUUCUGGAACCUUCUCAAAAUGUGCCAAUUCUUUUUUUUGUGUGUGUGUGUGUGUCAGACAUUUCAAGGUGUUAUGAGCUAAUACUGAAAUUUACAUUGUUAUCGUUCAUUCGGAUCUUUGAUCAUUGGUUUUCUGGGCCUGUUUUAUUUUCUAGGCCUGUUUUUGUAUAUUUUUAAUGGAAUAUUUCUGUAAAAUUGAGAGAAAAAAAAGAAACCGUUUCUUUUUCUACUGUAUUUACCCUUAUUCCAGUUAAAUGUGCUUUCAAUUUGCUUUAGAAAUCAGAAAGCGUUUAAGGCUGUUUUGGUUGGAGUGAUUGGAUGCCCAAGUGAUUCUCUUCAAUUGUGCAAAUCACUUUGAUGAAUAGUAGACAGUCUGCACAGUAGCAUCACACGCUUUGAUAAAACUUCUAAAAAGCCCAAAUUCCUAUUUGCACAACUUUGAUGCAUCUAAGACAAUUUUCUGAGACAGCAGUCACGCUUUAAGGGAAUGAAGCAUUGAUGUGCCAGCGCUCGCUGCCGAUUUUAUUGUUCAUUGGGUGGUUGUGGCUUGCCAAGGACAUAAAAUACACUAUUGUCAAGAGACCAGGACAGGAAAUAGAGAGAGCAAGGCAUUGACAGAAUUAAAGACUAUUCACAGUUUAUUUGACAGGACUCAUCAACACAUCGAUUGUUGUCGGCGGGGCUCGAAAUCUCUGAGGUCCCUCGAUAUAAAAAUAUCACAGGCUACUCAGGAAACAUAGUAGCUGAACAAGGCUUGUAGAGAGCAGAGAUGGCAUUUCAAUAACUCUAACCUUUCAUCCUGAUGAGUCAAUACUGAAUGCAGUGCAGCUUUUUUUGUAUUAUUAAAGCGAACUUGAGGCUGCAGCACAAGAACACCACUAGAAUGCAACGGCAUUAUCUACAUAAACUAUUAACAUAAACCAUAUUCAUUCUUGCCUGUGAGACUAAACAGGUAAAAAAUAUGGUUUAUAAUUUGUUUAGGGUUCCAUUCUGUUUACUGAUGAUUUCCUAAAUGCAAGACCAUUUGCUACUUUGGGGGAAACGGUUCUAUAAACCACCAGUACAAUAUGUGGAAGCCACUGUUGCCCCCAUCCUGUGGGGGUCUGUUCACAAGACGUUGCGCUACCAUCCUUUACUGACCAUCAGGCUUUGCUUCCCAAGCUUCCUCAACAUGUGUGCUUCAGGAAACUCACUUCCUGUUUCAUUAUCUUCUAGGCAGGGACACAUUGUGAGCAACUUCCUGUUUUCACGUCUGGGAAAAAACCUUGGGAGCAAGGGGCAGCAGGAACAAAGCUUGAUGUCUUCACCAUCUUACUUAUUCUUCUUGAGGUUAUGUUAUGCCAAAGAACAGAGUCACUUGCCAUUUGAACCACACAGAGAUUACUUAGUCCCUACUAUUGUCUAUACAUUUGUAGUAUACAGUUCAUCUGUGACAUUUGUACUUAACUAUACGUGGAUUAAUCAUUUCUAGCAAUUAAAAAAAAAAAAAAGUUGAACAGCUUCUAAAAAUGAUGCAGCUUCUUCAUGUAUUUUUCUCAAAAAAAAAAACAUUGCAUUUCAAUGUCCUUUAGAAAUCACUGAGCAUAUUUAACCCUUAUGUUGUCCUUGGGGUCAAUUUGACCCCAAGCAGUGUUUAACAUCAUAAAAUAUAUGGUUCACUUUUUUUGUUUUGCUUCAAGUUUCAUGACUUUUCCUUAUUUGAAGGGUACAACAGAGUAAACAUGAAAUUUGCACAAAAAUAUGUUUCCAAUGUCCUGUAAAAAAAAUAGUUACGUUGGUGGUAUUGGGGUCAAUUUGACCCCAUUUUUAUGAAACA